CGGGGCCGAAGACGACAUGUCGAUUGAGGGCUUCCGAGAGCUGGACGGUAUCGUGCAGUGGCUCCGCCGUCUGCUCCAGCUUGGCAGCGCCUCAAAGGAGCACUUCCUCGCCGACGACUUCUUGACCACUAUGAAUUGUUUGACCGGCGUCUUCGCCAAGGACAAUGUGGAGGGUCAACCUUCCAGCGGCAUGCAUGCUAGCAAUCCUGUGGGAGCUGAGGCAAGCAACCAUGGUGGCAAAAAUGCUGAGGAACAUGCACUAGUUCCAAUUGUUCCAAAUAACACUACGAAUUUUAGGAGCAGUUACUCUGAUAAAAAUACUGGGAUGGAAAUAGCGAAGAAGAGAGCAACGAACAGUCCAAUUGAUCAUGUUGGCAUAGGCAUUCCUGAUGAUGAAAAUGAUUCUGAUGAGAAUGAGAAGAAAAUGAAGGGUAGGCAUGGUUUCGUCUUGAACACUGCAAUCGCCUCACUUCCUUGCUUGGGGUUUCUCAUUCCUUAUUGGACUUUCUUUUGCUCAAAUGCAAAUUUUGACACUUGGAAGGACAUCAUUCCCACAGGACACCUUGUACUCACCAUCAUCAGCCUUAUUCUGAUAGGUCCUGCUUCAAGCUUCAAGGAGGGAGCAUUGCGUGACAGUUUUGGAUUCAAACUCCUCCAAAUAGCGCAGCUUUUAAUACUUCUGUGGUUGUGCUCAGCAUCAUUUAUAACACUGCAUGUUUGUAGAGAUAUUUCCAAAUCAGUUGUAUGGCCUUCUGCCUGUGCAGUCUUGUGCAUGACGGUGAUCAUUUGGAUGAAUUACUUUCAGCCGGCAGAGAUGGUGAUUAAGCGCAUAAAGACUAUGUUCAAGAAAGCGACGCAGUGGCUGGGAAAUCUAAGCCUACCUGAAUGUAUAACUGCUAAAUUCAAGAAAGUGCAAGGGACGCAGCUGAGAAGCCAGAGUCAGCCCAUGGACACGGCGUAGGCAGACUAAGAGAACCCUAUAUGAUGUGCUCCCGUGGGGAUAUAUCAUUCGUGAAAUCGAAGUGAGAUGAGGCUCUACGCAGCGGGUUGAAGAAAAUUUGCAACUGAACUUAAAGACUUUAUUUCCCUUAGCAAUUUGUUUCCCUGAUUAUGUUUUCCCCUGAGCAGAUUCAGUGUCUAUUGCAGUCGUUUGACUGAUUUUGACUAUGAUUAUGCCACAAUUCAGUGUGUGUUUUACGAUUUGAAUGGGGUCGAUAUGACUGGUCGGAACUUAUGAACGAUUUGAGAUGUGAUGUGAUCACGAUCAACAGUAAUUCUGAGGUAGCGCCUUUUUGA